UUUGAGUAUGAGUAUUGUCUCAAACAAUGGAUCCGGUUUAGAUCAGCAGUUAGCUGGUCUAGAUAUCAAUAAAGACUCGGCCGGUCGGGGUGGCCGGGUGGGGGCCUAUGUGCCCCCACACCGCCGAGACGGUGACGGUGAUGGUGACGGUGACACAGGAAGCAACAGUGGGCGCUCCGACUCCGGCAGGCGCAGCAAGAACUCCGACUAUCGCUCCAAUGACGACGUAAACGGUGGUGGUAGGAGCAGAGGAAACCGAGGAGGAGGAGGAGGCGGCGGCGGAAGGAAUAGCAGAGGUAACCACGACAACGGCUACAAGCGUAGUGACUCUGGCCGUAGUGACUCCCGCAACGGCGACUACAGAAACGGCGGAAACUUCAGGUCCAAUGACAGGGAAUUUGACAGGAGUGACAGCAGAGACAGCUACAGCAGGAGUGACAGUAGAGGAGGGGAAGGAGGGUACAGAGGAGGAGGUAACAGCUACGGUCGCAAAGAUGACCACCGCAGUGACCGCCGUGGUAACAACUCUCGGGAUCGUCUUGUCGCUGAUUGGUCCAAACCCAAACCCAAGAAUGAGGCUCUUGAAAGGGACCUGUUCGGAACUGGAAACACAGGUAUCAACUUCGACAAGUACGAAGACAUUCCUGUUGAUGCGACUGGUAACGAUGUUCCUGAGCCAAUCAAGGAGUUCUCUGACAUUAACCUGGGCGAGAUUAUCCAGGGAAACAUCAAGCUGUCUCAUUACGCCAGCCCCACACCAGUACAGAAAUAUUCCGUUCCCAUUAUCAAGGGAAAGAGAGAUUUGAUGGCAUGUGCUCAGACUGGUUCUGGUAAAACUGCUGCUUUCCUCCUCCCUAUACUUUCCAGGAUCUGUGAAGAGGGUCCUGCCCAACAGACACAGUCAGACAGUGGUAACGGGUACUACAACAGAAGGAGCUCAGCUACCCCUCUUGCUGUUAUCCUGGCUCCAACCAGAGAACUAGCUCUCCAGAUAUACGAGGAAGCCAAAAAGUUUUCGUACCGUUCCCACAUGAGACCUGUGGUAGUGUACGGUGGAGCAGACAUCUCAGGUCAGCUGCAGGAGCUGGGACGAGGUUGUGACGUGCUGGUAGCUACUCCUGGCAGACUUCAGGACAUGCUGGAGCGACACAGGGUCGUGUUGGAGAAAGUCCGGUUUGUUGUCCUUGACGAGGCUGACAGGAUGUUGGACAUGGGUUUCGAGCCUCAGAUCAGAAACAUAGUUGAACAGCGCGGUAUGCCCGGUGUUGGUGUCAGGCAAACUCUCAUGUUCAGUGCUACUUUCCCUAAGGAGAUUCAGAUGCUAGCUCGAGAUUUCCUGGACAACUACAUUUUCUUGGCUGUUGGCCGAGUUGGCUCUACCAGUGAGAACAUCACCCAAAAGAUUGUCUGGGUUGAGGACAAAGAUAAGAGAUCUUUCCUCCUUGACCUCCUGAACGCUGUUGGUAAGUCGCCAGUUGGACCCGAGUGUUUGACAUUAGUGUUUGUUGAGACGAAGAAGGGUGCUGAUUCCCUUGAAUGGUUCUUGUGUCAGGAAAAUUAUCCAGCAGCCUCUAUCCACGGGGACAGGACUCAAUCUGAGAGAGAAGCAGCUCUUCACGCCUUUAAGAGUGGUAACAACCCAAUUCUCGUGGCUACUGCGGUGGCUGCCAGAGGUUUGGACAUUCCCAACGUAAAGCAUGUUAUCAACUACGAUAUGCCCUCUGACAUCGAUGAAUAUGUCCAUCGUAUUGGUAGAACUGGUCGAGUGGGUAACCUGGGUCUUGCGACGUCUUUCUUCAACGAGAAGAACAUGAACAUAGCACGUGAUCUGAUGCAGAUACUCACGGAAUGUGACCAGGAGAUGCCCAGCUGGAUGGACGGGGUGGCAAGAGAACAUUCCAACCGAAAGUCGCACAGAAAGACAUCCAACUUUGGCGGACGUGAUUACCGUUACAAUAGCCGGAACAACAACGACCAUGGCGGCCACGGAGGUGGUGGUGGUGGUGGUGGAGGCGGCGGUGGCGGCGGCGGUAGCGAUCGUGGUCAUGGUGGAGGUGGAGGAGGACACGGUGGUGGAGGACACGGUGGUGGAGGCCAGGGACACGGUGGUGGUGGCGGCGGAGGCGGUGGUGGAGGCCGAAGUAAUUACGGCAACAGCAACAACAACAGUGGAGGAUAUUCGUCGAACUACUCCGCGAAUGCCGGACCCAACGCUACUUCUUGGUGGGACGACUAACUCGACAGUCUACUAACUGUUCUCGUGACGUCACGACGACGUCACCUUUUGCGGUGACGUCACUGUCUGCUCUGAUGACGUCACUGUUUUGCUGUGAUGACGUCAUGCUGUUAUCUUGACGUUGUCACUCUCAAAUGUCCCCUUUUAAAGACACUAGGUGUAGCAUCUGGCCCUCUUACUUCGAGCUAUAUGAGGCCGCACGUGCGAGAGGUGACAUCCUCUCAGAGACAUUGUCACAACGUCACGUGUCCGAAUGUCACGUGUCAGAGCCCGAACCCUGCUCUGUGCAGUGUCUCCACGGCGGUCUUCUUUAUUGUUAGAGUUUACUGUUCCCCGGGCAGGAGAAUAGUUUCCUAAGUUUUUUAGUGAGGUGAUGGGAGGAAAAUAACUCAGUAACUGCAGUUAACUAACUAAUUAACUAAUUAACUGAUUAACAACAGAUACCUCGGUGCUCCACAGUACGAUAAGAUACAGAACAUUAACUGAGUUUUCCCCCUUCACCUCCUCAAAACUUAAAUUUCUUUAUCCUACUCUAUCUGCCCCGACUAAACGGAAGAUGACGUCAUCACACGUGAUAUGACGUCACAGCACGUGAUUUGCGUGUGCCUGUCAUCAGCCGUUUUAGUUACCGUUGGUGCGGUUUAGGAUACAAAUUUAUUCAAUUGUGGUGUGUUUCUUACCAUAUUUUAAUAUCAGUUAUUUUGUGCCGGGAUAUUAAUCCGUGUCCUGAUAUAACAUCAAGAUGGUAUCUAGUUCUUUUCACCAAGAUAUACUAUAUUUCUCACAAUGCAUGUAUGUCGUUCCUCUCCACCCCUUACAAGCUAAAUGUUUCUAUCCUUAUCACAGAGUUCGUUGAUAGGUUACAGUUAUAGGCCGUAAAAAUAUCAGAUUUAAGAAAGUUAUAUUAUGAGUCGGCAUCACAAACUUAAAUGUAUAGUAGCCUUGGCAUUCACAUCUCACAGUAAGUUAGUUACAGCCAAUUUCAAAUCAAUAAAUAGUUGUUUCUUAACCAUUGCACAACCUACUUUAUAGUUUCCACUUGAUAACUUCUACAACAAAGGUUGUGUUGCAUACCAGCCGAUUGAAACUGGUUGUACCGCGGGCACACACACUUAUAUAUUGGUUUUAUUAUAGUAAUAACGUUAUGGUGGUAAUAUCAUUUACAAAAUUGUUUAUUUUCCAGGGGGCGUUGUCCACGUGUUAUUUAAUAGUGUUUCCUUUUUUCGUGAUGGUUUGAUUUUUCGAGUCAACUAUAAAUCUUAAAGUUAAAGACUACUGGUUUGCUGCCAUGGUAGCCUGUUGUUGGUAACUUGUUGUUAGUAACUUGUUGUCAUGGUUACGAUGAAUAAGCUGACUACUAGGUAGUCCCCAUGUGCUUAAUUUAAUAUAUCUGGUAGUUUUAGUCGACUAUUAGCUGUUAAGAAAUUGAUGUUUUAAAUUUAAAUUUGAUUUUAUUGAAAGUGAAACCGCAUAGAUGUUCUCGAUCGGUCGGAAUAUUGGUGAUAAUUACCGCCCCCCAGUGGUUUAAAUUGUAUCGUUGAUUUCAAUUUUAGGGAGUUGAAAACAUUAUAUUAUUAUAAUUUGUUAUAAUAUUAAAAGCUAUCUCUAAUGUAAUACAGGUAUUACUAUAUAGCGUUUACAGAAAAAAGUGUUAUAGUGUUAUAGAUGUUAUUUUUUUAAAUAUGUAAAUAGAACACACCACAAUUUUUAUGACCCGAAAAUGAAGGCUCUCCCCUGGCAAGAUUGGUCUGAUUCUCCGAAAUCGCACAACCAAUUUCCCACCUGUUGGUAUAAUCUGCCAGAGAACGAGAGCUCUGAUCGUACGAAGUUUUACGUUCGGGUGUUAGUUAUGAUCAUGGGCCCACAAAACGGUGGUUGCAGCCUGAAAACUCGAACCACCCACUUGUACGCUACCAUGAUGAUGUUGUAAUAUUUCGGGCUUUCUCUUCUGCCCGGAAAUCUACCUGAUUAAUAAUUCUAGGUCCUGAGCUCCUUGUCCGAGAGUGUUGCAAAUUACAGUGUAAUUUGUACAGAUAACGACCCAGUGAUUUCUACAUCCCGUAGAUGAAAAAAUCAUCAGCUGUAUAUCUCUCGGGUACUGGGGGUUUUGGGCACUGUUUCAUUGGCUACUGUUAUUUAUGUAUAUAGAUUGCUAUACCUAUUUGUGCUAAAUUGUUUAAUGUAGAUAA